AUGAUCUUCAAGAUUGUCAGAUCACAUCCAAACUUCUGUCUGAAUGUUGUGAAUUUCAGACCUGAACAUUCAAAGAACUUCAUUGGCAAAGUACUCAUUGCUGUACUUGACAAGAACAACAUUCAAAGAGUGUAUGAGAUUGUUGAAAACAUCAAAGUUAAUAACAACAUUAUAGAAUAG